AUGACGAACUGGAGAGAAAAGGGCUAUGUCCCAGACUCUGAUGAGGAGGAAGAUGAAAGCCAGGACCGCCACCAGGAACAGCAACCUGGCCCAACGACCACGACAUUGGACACUAGUCUGAAUACACAAAUUGCUGGACACGAUGAAAGCCCUGAGUCUUCACAAGUCGUAUCAUCGAGUCUGGGAAAGCCUCCAAUAUCGUCCUUCAUCUUGGGUACCGCCCCCUCUCCGCUAAGGGCUAACUCUGCGAUCAACAACUUCACGACCAUUGACGGCAAUGGAGAAAUUGCUUCACUGGAAUUACAAAUCUCUCCAGCUCAGGCAGCGUCCGAUGUUGCAGAGAGGCUAAGUCAAGAACUCCAGCGAGGUCUUGACGUCUGCAACAAUGUCCUCAGAUCAUCCAGCCCGCCAAGGUCGACUGGCUCCGAUAGUCCCCUCUCUUCACUGCCUUCAUCGCCCUCUGGCUCAAUCUCGCCAAUUCCAGUCGCUCAGAGCAGAUCCAGUCCACCUCACGGCAUCGUUGAGCGCGUGCAGAUACAAGCCGAGGAGAUCACAAGUGUCACAGCACAGCCUGUUCGAUCUCUGAGGCAACGAGCUCCGCUGCAGUUGCACCCUUACAGUCUCGAAGCAGCAAAGUACCAGCAGGAGUGGAAGCAACGUGGCUUGCGCCCUGUGAAAGCCCCUGCUGGACCAGAUACUCAGCGGCAGCAUGCAGAGAACAGUGCGACCGCUUCCCACAACGGUGACACAUUUCAUUCCAGCCAGGAACCGCUCGACGCGGCCAGGCGAUCAGCCGACGAAGAGGACGAAUCUCAAAGCCCUGGACGGGUGCGUCGUGUAAUAUCAAGGCGCAUUCGUACAGCAGAUGCGGACGAAGACGAGGCGAACUCAAAUGAUGAACUUCCCAACAUUGAAGACAUAUUCGGUGACGACAGGUCUUGGAUGAAUGCCAGCAGGCACCAGGAGCUUCCCAAAACAUUGACCAGACGAUCUCCACCAGGGCUUGGGACGGUUCGCAGUAGCCCUUUGCCCAGCCGUGCUAUGCCAUUGCCACGCAUGAAUCGAGACUCCAACAGUGCUUCAGUCUUCAACCUUCCACCAUCGCCUCCUCGCUCGCGAAGUGACUCUCCUGCGACCACGAAAGGUACUCAGGACCAGCCGAACAUAGAGGGGCCCAGACGGCCACCAACACCUGGAAGGUCGUCCGAGACAAGACCAAGCAAACGGCCCAUCAUUCAUGUGUCAAGCUCUUCUGAGGCGACUGACGAGGAGAAUGACGAUGAGCGGCCAUCAAGUGAGAGCGAAGAGCCGCCAGCAUUCAUGCAGAUAAGGCGAAGGAUCAAGGGCGUUUUACCGGCUUCCUGGAUCAAACUUGAUGCACUCAAACAGAAGCCAGCCGCGGACCGAAGUGCUGUCGCUCGGUCGCCGGAGAAGCGCCAAAGCAAGGGCGUAGCUCGUGUCAUCUCGCCUCGAGCAGGUCCUCCGACCACUUCGCUGCAACCGCGAUUCGAGUACAGCUCUGAAAGCGAGUCUGGAGAAGAUGCCUCGGAGGCUCAGACGCGACAGCUACAGAAGCUUUCUGAUGUCCGUGCGCUUUUUGACGCGGACGACGAUGUUCUGAUGAAUGAUGUCUUGGAGGAGGAUACUAUUGAUCGCAUGGCACCGCCCGGACCGAGUAGAACAAGCACAAAGCCUCGCAAAAAGCGGCAGCAGCGCCUGGUCGAUACAUGGGAUGCUCUGCAGACCAUACCUCGUGGGUCCGGCGCCGCAACCAGCAGGACCUAUCAAAGGAACUCGCGCGAUGCCUGUCGCCCACAAAAGAAGAGGCAAAAGCGAUCACUGCCCGUGAGAUUGAGCAUUCUGGAUGCUCCAGACCUUCUGAAGCCCAAAUCAGACCAUCAGUCGCGCUUCCUGCGAAUAGCAGCGCGAUCAGUCUCCAAGGCUUCUAUGCCAAGAAGACAGAAUCCAAACACGAAGUUCUUCAAGCUUGCGACAAAUGCAGACACUAGGGACGUCAACUCGGGUCUCGAUGACUGGAGAGAAGGUCGUGUCAUGGGAGACAGGCACCAUGGUGGGGUCGACGGUGAGAUUCGUCGGACGAUCACGGCUGCCUCCAGCCGACAACAUCAACAGCGCGGCAACAGAGCUCAACGGAGCAGCUCCGACCGGAACGCCGCAGCAGGGGCGAGGAAUCAGGCUUCUGGCCGCCGACUGGACAUCAUGCAGUCCCUUAAAGCAAGGACUGAUCUGACCUUGGCGCGAGUGCUUCAAGGACGGUCAGAGUCUGUGAUAUCGAAUCCGCCGGAGACCCACGAUGCACCUGCAGUGGCAUUGCGCCAGCAAAAUCUGGGGUUCGUCUCAUGGCAUGGCAAUCGUGCUGGCGGCGGCAAGUUCUGGUCUCAAAAUCCUGACUCCGGUCCAGCGCAGCUUCAGGGACCUGCAGUACAUCAACGGCUCAUGAGAAGAACUCCAAGUGGUGUAGCCCACGGGCAUCGGCAUCAAGAGCCACAGUGUCUCCCAGAAGCACCUGCACUGGCUUCGGAGGCGCCACUUACUUUGCCUUCGAGACCGAAGAAGCAGAGGAAUCCUCACAGGCGCAUUGCCUCCAGCCUGAGCAGCGAUGAAGGCUCGAUGGCUACCUCGAGGCAGGCUGAAGAGACGGAAAUGCCAGCACCCAAGGACGAAGCCACUGCGCUUGGGCUCAGACUCGGUACUUGGCUGAUGCGACAUUCGCCUUCCAUCACGAAUGGUAGCAACCAAGUCCUAAAUGACGGAACGCCGUCACCACCGUCAACAGAGCUCAUUGACACGCUGUCAGGCAUCGACAUUGACGGUAUCUACCACGACUCGGUAAUCGAAACCAUCGACCCGUGGCCAGCCAUAGGCUCUGACUUCAGAGCUCUUCUCGAUCAGUCACUUAACGCACCUCAGAUGUCUGCUCAGACUAGUGCGGUAGGUCUCAGCACACUCCGGCUCUUCCAGUGGCUCGCGAAGAAAUGUGCUUGGUCUAUCCCGGAUGCACUUCUCCAUAUGCUGUUCCGCCAGUACGGGAAGAACGAGAUGCUAGAGAUCUUCGUCCAGCCAAAGCUGGCAGGAGCCACACGGCGAAUCACGCAAGAUCGAACCACAGCUACUGACGAGGAAGGAGUGACCGACUUCGAAAUCUUCCUCAAUCUUGUUGCCUUAGCACUCGAGCAGAGAUCGUCAGUGCUUAGCAGCACUGCUUCAAGGAGGAACAAAAUACUUGGUCUUGUGUUCAGCCUCAUUCCAAACAACUCUCGUGUUAUGAACGAGAACGACGCAAUUGAGCAUGCACUUUACAUGACUAUGAUCAACACCUAUGCCCUUUACACGACACUGUACAGCAGCGCUCCUAUAGACUGUCGGCCACGACUGUCUCAAGUCGAAAGUCUUAUCAAUUUUGCUACCAGUCAUGCACAGAUCCGAGAUCUGGCGAUUCUAGCUUGGUCAGUAAUGAGCAGUACAGCUAUGCGUAAAGGAGCCAUAAGAGAUGACCAUCGAGCCCUCGCAGAACAUGGCAGGGCUAUGCUGUCAGCCCUCGUGGAGAAGACCACCGAGGCGAUACGAUCUGAGGUUUCAGCAUCUGACUCAACUUUCCACCAUGAGCUUGUGGUCAACAAUAUCAGUCCUGUCCUGAUUCAAAUGACAAGCAUCAUUAAGCAGUGGACGCUACUGGCAAGCACUUGUGCUCAGCCUGAAGACAUCAGCCCGUAUAUAACGCCAGAGCAAUUGUCAGGAGCAGUGCAAAUCUUACAGCUGCUAAAGGAGUACCUUGACAAGCUGUCAGCAUGCUCUUUGAGGGCGCACAAAGCCUUGUUGAGCCUCUGGCGCUCGCAGGGCAUGGACUUGGCUGCAUUAGAAUUGCUACGGUCGGUCUAUUCCCGCAAGGUGCCGCUGUUGCGAGAGCCCGCCAUGAAGCUUGGUCGAGAAGUGGUGAGCGUGAUGCUCCAGGCACCUGAUGAGGAAGACUCGCGUUUGCAGAAGAUGGUCGAUAUCUGGUUUUCAUUUGCCAAACAAGAGACUGAGGGUGACUUCAGGAAGUGGGAUCAGUACCUUGAGCCUACAUCAUCCUACAGCUUCCGAAUGCUUGCAGACACGACUGUCAGUCAACAGUGCGCCGUGUUGUUCUUGAGCAAGGUCGUCUCGGACGCGCCUGCAAUGUUCGAGCUUGAUCCAGAAGCUCUUUACCAUGCUUGGCUGACUGCCAUACUUCAGGCAAGCGACGAGCUUCGAUUUGAGCAUGUACUCACCGAGCGCAUGCUAAUCUUUGACGUUGGUGCGCUUGCAAUUGAGCCCAUCAAAGAACUCAUACGUGGCGAAGGAUAUGAUGAGCAACGCCUUUCUCUGUCCGCCUUCAAGCACAUCAGGACAGAACUUUUGCGGCUUGUCGUGCGAGCGAUCUUCCGCCUACAAUUUAGCGGGCCCGACGACAGUCAGGACUUGAUCGAGGACCCUCUCAACGAGGCCAGCGGACGACGACUCUUGCAGACUAUCACUGACAGCCUGAAGAAGGUCUGGAUCAAUCUGUCGAAUCAGCAAAGGGACGAAGGAUAUACUGAGCUCGUGCGUACAGUCACCCAAGAGUUAGACGUCUACAAGUAUCCCGGGUUGAAGAUCGAUCCUUGGUUCACGGAUGCACCCCAAUUCGCGUUUCCCAUAGUCAAGGAUCGCUUGCAGCAUUUCUUUAGACGAGUGCCUGGCUCUGAGCCGCGCACCGUGGACGCCAGCCUGAUCGCCGCAUUCCGGCAAGCGAAUCAAGCAGCUGCCAAUACUCCCGGACAGGUUGAUUGGGUCCGAACAGCAGUGGCCGCCUUGUCUUGCAACAACGUCUUUGAAGAUGUCAACCAGGAUGGAACUUGUACCAUGGACGGCCGACUUCAGGUCGAUUUCAUCCGUAAUGUUCUGUCAGAGUAUGUUCAAUCGGCCUUCUCUGGAGGACCACGGCAAGCCUUGUUGGCUGUGCCUGUCAUUCAAAUCUUGACGGAGGUGGUGCACGAAUUGCACUUCAGACAAGAUCUCGAGGAGGAAGGCAUGAGAGGGGGCCUCAUCUGUGUGUGUGUCGAGCUGCUCGAAUCCGUUUGUCGAUCACUCUGUGCUUUAGCCAACCGGAACCUACCCCAUCGGGGACAUAUUACUAUGUUCUCAAGUAAGCUGAUCGAGCUCGGGACUCUCUGCAUCGACCGUUUCAUUCAGUUCCGACGGACAGGCCCAUGCAGUGAAGAUGUGGAGGAUGCUCUCCGGAGUAUUUCAGAAGUUUCGGAGGGCAUACUUAGGUGCGCGACCGAAGCCGAGUUCGUGGUACGACCAGUUUGGAUCGAAGGAAGUGAUGACACAAGCACUCUCUUCACGCCCGCAACCUACCGCGACUUCUCGACGAGUGCGAUCAACAUGUCGGCCACGGCCGCAAGCGUACGCGAGAUGACGAGAAAGGAUCUGAGCAGCGCUCUGAGUAAGGUGCAGCCACCCAGAGGAAUGGCCACGAAGUGGUCUACGUGGUGCGAACUCGGUUUGCCAAGUUGGCUCGGCUGGGAGGAUAUUUUCUUUGCAGAGGGAGAGCGGCUUGCGUUGGCGCAGGCAGUAACACACUUCUGCGCAGUGGCAGCCAAGUGUACAGGAGUCGCAUUAGGUAACGAAGGGCGCAUCUGGGAAGAUUCAGUGUACACUCCAGCUGUUGAAUCUGCGGACGCCGUGGAGGACGAUGGGGCGCUGUUUGAGGAUCAGUACUGGGAAGCACUGUGA